AAACAUCCCCAGCUAAAGAUUUCUAAGCAUUUUUCGCCUACUAAUGGACCGUCUCUCUCCUCUAGCCACCAGCGCCGCAUCCCCCAGGGCUCCCACUGGUCGAAACCCUCCCUCCUCGCGAUAAAACCGUAGGCGCCCGAGCGGAGGGCUCGAGAGGCCCCUUCGCUGCCCUCGCGAAGAGAUGGAGGAACGUGCGAGAGCGGAGAUCGCUCACCACCCCCCCGCCCUCGUCGACGACGUCGAGAUCAACGACUGGAGCAAGGAGGAGGACGAGCCCAUGGCGGAGAAUCCGCCCCCUUCCGCCGAUGAAACCCUAGCGCCUCCUCCCUCCGAAGAUGUGAAAGUGAUUCAGUCAAACCUUCAGUCAUUGCAGUUGGAAACAAAAGUGAAAGAUAAGGAGGCGGCUGCAACUGAGGAAGUUGAAGAGCUGGAUGAAAAGAAAGAAGACAAGAAGCGGCACCUAAAUGUUGUUUUCAUUGGUCAUGUUGAUGCUGGUAAGUCUACAACUGGAGGCCAGAUACUUUUCCUCAGUGGUCAGGUUGAUGACCGAACUAUACAGAAAUAUGAGAAGGAAGCAAAAGAUAAAAGCAGAGAAAGCUGGUACAUGGCUUAUAUUAUGGACACAAAUGAGGAAGAGCGCAUAAAGGGAAAGACUGUGGAGGUUGGCAGAGCUCAUUUUGAGACAGAAAAUACAAGAUUCACAAUUUUAGAUGCUCCGGGUCAUAAAAGUUAUGUGCCAAACAUGAUCAGUGGUGCAUCUCAAGCUGAUAUUGGAGUUCUGGUCAUAUCUGCUCGUAAGGGUGAAUUCGAAACUGGAUUUGAAAAAGGAGGACAGACUCGUGAGCAUGUACAACUUGCAAAAACUUUGGGUGUUGCUAAGUUGGUUGUUGUUGUCAACAAAAUGGAUGAACCUACUGUGAAAUGGUCCAAAGAAAGGUUUGAUGAAAUAGAGAGUAAGAUGGGUCCUUUCCUCAAGUCUUCAGGUUACUUAAGGAAAGAUGUUCAAUUUCUUCCUAUCUCUGGUUUGGUGGGUACCAAUAUGAAGACUAGAGUGGAGAAAAGCAUUUGUGAUUGGUGGAAUGGUCCAUGCUUGUUUGAAGUUCUGGAUUCAAUUGAAGUUCCUCCACGGGAUCCUAAAGGUCCUCUCAGGAUGCCAGUCAUUGAUAAGUACAAAGACAUGGGGACUGUUGUGAUGGGAAAAAUAGAGUCCGGAAGUAUUCGUGAAGGUGACAACUUGUGGGUCAUGCCCAACAAAGCUAAUGUAAAAGUGAUUGCUAUUCAUUGUGAUGAAAAUAAAGUAAAAUGUGCGGGGCCUGGUGAGAAUGUCCGGGUCAAAUUGUCAGGGAUUGAAGAGGAGGAUAUCAUUGAAGGUUUUGUCCUUUCAGGCAUUGCAAAUCCAAUAAGUGCUGUUACUGAAUUCAAUGCCCAGUUGCAGAUUCUUGAAUUGCUUGACAAUGCGAUUUUUACUGCUGGUUACAAGGCAGUAUUACACAUCCAUGCAAUUGUUGAGGAGUGUGAGAUUGUAGAUCUUAUAGAAGAAAUUGACACAAAGAAAAAGAACACUGAUCCUAAGAAAAAGAAGCCAAAGAGAAAGCCUUUUGUUAAGAAUGGUGCUGUUGUUCUCUGCUGCAUUCAGGUGAAUAACUUGAUAUGCAUCGAGAAGUUUUCCGAUUUUCCCCAGCUUGGAAGGUUUACCCUUCGUACUGAAGGGAAAACAGUUGCAGUAGGGAAAGUUGUUGCACUUCCUCCUCCAGGAAGGUCGGCUUUUGCAUCUUAAACAAAUUUUGGUUUAGAAGGAAGAGACAUUUCUGUACUACCAGAGAUCAUCAAGUUUAUGAGUACAGUUAUUCAAUAACAUGAGCUUAAUUUCUGAAGCAGCCUUGUGGUUUCCAUGGUUUUCACUUAGAGCAACAAAAAGAUAAACAAGAUGGAUCUUGCUUCUUAUUUGCGGUAGAAAGGGGCGUUGUGAUUAGUGUUUUGAUUUGAGCUUGUGUCAUUUCUUUUAUGAGGUGAAAUACCAUUCACCCUUUGCUGGGUGUGAAGCUAAAACCGCUUGAGCAUGGCUUGUCUACACUUGCUUUACAGUUUUUUAUACGUGUGUCCUAGCAAUUUUUCUACAGUUGUGGCAAAAGGAAUCAUUAUUAUUAGUAUGAUUUAGCUUGUCAUUUAUUUUAUUAUGUGUAAUACCAUUCAUCCUUCACCGAGUGCGAGCUAAAUUUACUUGAGCAUAGUUUGCCUCUA